CGGGAAAGUUGUAGCCGAGAAAAGAAAAAAAAGAAGAGAAACCUCUGUUUGACAAAUUGGGUCUUUUCAUUUCUCGUCAAGUCUGCAUUUUUUCUCCUCUCUUUCGGCUGUCCUAACGUCAAAACUCAGACACUCGCUUGCGUGUCUCCCUCUUACAAUCCCCAUUCUCUCUCUCUCGUUUCUCUCUGUUUCUGGGGCAUUUCAAAGAAGAAUCAAGAAACCCAAUCUCUCUCUUAGAAAGGAAUCAUGGUGUUUGGAAAAGGGUCAACGAAAAAAUCGAACCUUGACCGGUUCCUCCAUUGCACAACACCUGUAGUGCCACCCCAAUUUCUCCCCAAGACGGAGAUUAGGAGUUUGAAUCGGAUUUGGCAUCCAUCGGAGAGAGAAAAGGUUGAGUUUUUCAGAUUGAGUGAUUUGUGGGAUUGUUACGAUGAAUGGAGCGCUUAUGGAGCUGGUGUUCCAAUUCGUCUCACCAAUGGAGAAUCCCUUGUUCAAUAUUACGUUCCUUAUCUCUCUGCAAUCCAGAUUUUCACCUCUCGUUCUUCCUUGAUCCGCUUGAGGGAUGAGUCUGACGAUGGUGAAAGCGAGACGAGAGAUUCGUUUAGUGAUUCAUAUAGUGAUGAGAGUGAAAGUGAUAAACUCUCAAGAAGUGCUUCUGAUGAAGGACUUGACCAUGACGCUCUCUUGCAUCCGAAUGAUCGGUUGGGCUAUCUUUAUCUGCAACACUUUGAGAGAUCAGCUCCUUAUGCUCGAGUUCCUCUCAUGGAUAAGAUCAAUGAAUUGGCUCGAAGGUUCCCCGGACUAAUGUCGCUGAGAAGCGUAGAUCUUUCCCCGGCAAGUUGGAUGGCUGUAGCGUGGUACCCUAUUUACCAUAUACCAAUGGGAAGGACCAUCAAAGAUUUAUCCACUUGUUUCCUCACGUAUCACACUCUUUCAUCUUCUUUCCAAGAUAUGGAGCCAGAAGAAAAUGGCGGGGAAAAGGAGAAGACCCGGAAGGAAGGAGAAGGCGUGACUUUGCUUCCUUUCGGGUUAGCCACUUACAAGAUGCAAGGCAAUGUUUGGCUCUCGGAAGAUGAUCAAGGUCAAGAUCAAGAGCGAGUUGUGUCGCUUCUAAGUGUUGCUGAUUCUUGGCUAAAACAGCUAAGAGUCCAACACCAUGACUUCAAUUAUUUCUCAAGAAUGGCUCACCGUGGCUAAGCAAAUCCAUCACUAUACGGAUGAUUUUUCAACUGUAGAGUUUUAUAUCUCUUUUUUGUUUUUCUUGUUGGUCCCAAGUGAAAAGGAGAUUACUUUUUUUUUCCCCUGGUCGCAAUAACCGUGUUUUUCCAGUGGUUGGAGCAGCAUUGGCAGUGGCGAGGAGGCUUAAACCGCUGGGUGAGCGUUUCCUUAACGCAAUUUAAGCGGUUGCUGCGUUUUGGGUGUAGAAUAGCUUUUGAGUCCUAUUCAUGGGAGAUAUCGUAUAUUAUAUAUUGCUGAUCUGUUGAAAAGAGUGUUUUCUUGUUUGUUGAUAACAUUUGAUCGAGAGGGUCUUGUUCUUGUACCUCAGUAGCAUUUUAAAGAAAUAGUAAAUGUAACGAUCUAAUCAUCUUUGAAGCGCAAAUGUAUAAGUUGAAUUUGAGGAAAUAUACCUAAUCUACUACAUAUUGACUAUUACAAA